AUACGUGAAGCUGCCUUUCACGUUGUUGCCCGAGUUGCAAACUAUCAGCUGCAAGCCGUCAGGUCUCCUCUGAAGUAAGCCGCACUAAAUUCAGCAGGUUUAACUCCUAGGAAAGGGUGCAUAGAGUCAUGGCCUUCCUAAAAUGAAACGAUUGACUUGAAAACGCUGCCUCCCAGAGGAGGUUGACUGCAGCAUCUCUGCGGGAGUCCUCGUUCUGAUCUUUGCCUUCUUCUAGUUAGUUUCUUCUGCAGAAAGAUGAUUCUGCUGAGUUGCAGCAUGCCUCCUUUGAGUUACAGCCAUGGAUGCAGGAGAAUUACAGCAUCCUCAGUCCUGAUGAGUCACUGCUUUUUCAGCCAGGAGGGGGUGCCUUCCUUGAGCACAAUGCUGGACUUCCUGAAGCAUCCGAUUCUCCUUUCUGUGGAUGUCAAUGUGAAUCUGCUGGUUUUGACUGUGUUAGGAUUAAUAAGCCGGUUGUGGGGCCUCUCCUACCCCCGAGCUGUUGUCUUUGACGAGGUUUACUACGGCCAGUUCCUCUCACUGUAUAUGAAGCGGAUCUUUUUUCUGGAUGACAGUGGCCCGCCCUUGGGUCACAUGCUUCUGGCGCUUGGAGGCUACUUAGGUGGAUUCGAUGGCAACUUCCUGUGGAACAGAAUUGGGGCAGUGUACAGCCCCAACGUGCCUGUGUGGGCCCUGCGGCUGCUGCCGGCCACUGCCGGCGCCCUGUGCAUUCCUCUGGCUUACCAAAUACUGGUGGAGCUGCAGUUCUCACACGUCGUUGCUCUCGGGGCCGCUCUGCUGCUUCUGUUGGAGAACUCGCUCAUCACCCAGUCGAGACUGAUGCUCUUGGAGUCCAUGUUAAUAUUUUUCAUCCUCUCGGCUGUUUUAUCCUACCUCAAGUUCUACAACACUCAGAAGCAAAGGUACUUUUCGGCAAGAUGGUGGUUCUGGCUCUUGCUGACGGGAUUUUGCUGCACCUGUGCCGUCGGGGUGAAAUAUAUGGGUCUGUUCACGUAUAUCCUGUUGUUGGCCGUCGCGGGAGUCCACUCGUGGCACUUGAUUGGUGACCAGGCCUUGACCAAAGCUUCCCUGCUUGCUCACUUGCUAGCCAGAGGGCUAGCCCUUGUGGUCAUCCCCGUGGUCACCUACCUGUCUUUCUUCUACAUCCACUUGGCUUUGCUUUAUCGUUCGGGGCCCCACGACCACAUCAUGAGCAGUGCUUUCCAAGCAAGCCUGGAGGGAGGGCUUGCUCGGAUCACUCAAGGCCAGCCUCUGGAGGUUGCCUAUGGCUCCCAGAUAACGUUGAGGAACGUCUUGGGCAAACCCAUGCCUUGCUGGCUGCAUUCCCACAAAAACACUUACCCGAUCAGGUACGAGAAUGGGCGCGGCAGCUCACACCAGCAGCAGGUGACUUGCUACCCUUUCAAGGACGUGAACAAUUGGUGGAUCGUGAAGGAUCCUGGGACGCAGCAGCUGGUGGUGAGCAACCCGCCGCGUCCGGUGCGGCACGGCAGCGUCGUGCAGCUGGUCCACGGGAUCACGGCCCGCUACCUCAACACGCACGAUGUCGCGGCCCCUCUGAGCCCUCACUCCCAAGAGGUUUCCUGUUACAUCGAUUACAACAUUUCCAUGCCGGCUCAGAACCUUUGGAGGGUGGACAUUGUGAACCGGGACUCUGAUACAGACGUUUGGAAAACGAUCCGGUCUGAAGUAGGGCUUGUCCAUCUGAACACUUCAGCAGUGCUCAAGCUCAGCGGAGCGUCUUUGCCUGAGUGGGGUUAUCGGCAGCUGGAGAUUAUCGGGGAAAAAACGUCCAGGGGUUACCACCAGAGCAUGUUGUGGAAUGUGGAGGAGCACCGAUAUGGGAAAAGCCACGAGCAGAAAGAGAGAGAGGUGGAGUUGCAUCUGCCCACACAGAUCAGCAUCAGCCAGAAUCUCAGCUUCAUGGCCAAGUUCUCAGAGCUGCAGUGGAAGAUAUUAACUCUGAAAAAUGAGGAUACAGAGCACAAGUACAGCUCUUCUCCCUUGGACUGGAUCACCAUGGAUACCAACAUUGCUUACUGGUUCCACUCCACCUCGGGGGCUCAGAUCCAUCUUCUGGGGAACAUGGUUACCUGGACCUCUGCCAACGCGGCCACCGUGGUGUAUGUGACGUUGCUCUUGGGGUACCUCCUGCGAAGGCGGCGGAACAUCCGGGACAUCCCUGAAGAGGCCUGGCAGCAGUGGGUGCUGGCCGGAGGCCUCUGCUUGGGCGGCUGGGCGGUGAACUAUCUGCCCUUCUUCCUGAUGGAGAAGACGCUGUUCCUGUACCACUACCUGCCUGCAGUCACUUUCCAGAUGCUCCUGGUCCCCGUGGUCCUGCAGCACACGAGCGACCACCUUUGCAGGUCCAGGCUCUCCAAGAGCAUGCACAGCGCCUUCGUGGUGGCCUGGCUCUCCGCCGUUUACCUGGCCUACCGCACGUUCCGGCCGCUCACCUACGGCGAGCCGCCCCUCUCCAAGGCGGAGCUGCAGGCCCUGCGCUGGAAGGACAGCUGGGACAUCCUCAUCAGGAAGCGCUCGCUGUGAGGACGUGAGAGUGCCGGUGGCUGUGCGGAGGACCGGGUGCGGCCAGCCCAGCGAGGGGUGGCGGGGAUGGGCCCGGCCCCACAGCCCCCCCCCCCCAGCAUCGCUCUGCCUCCCUGGAUGAACGUUGGAGCGCCAGCGCCGCUCUUUCUCCCAGGAUAUUUCUGCUGCAGAGGGGAAAGGGUGGCCAACGCACCGUCGCCGGCUGAAGGAAGUGACUCUGGCAGCAGCCCUAACCACCCCACUCUGAAUUUUGCCCUUCGCCAGUGCAGUGAAGGUGUCCCCGAGGGAGGGGCUUGGGGACCUGGACAGCCUGUGGAGAUGCUGCUCGGCCCGGCCCGUCUUGUUUUGGGGUGUGGAUGCCCCCAACGGGAACGCUUCUGUGGCUGGAAACGGGGAGGGGGGAAGGUACUGAUCAAAGGCGCCCCUCGAGGGCUGGGUCUUGCUUGUCCGUGUCUGAAGAACCUGUUUGCCGAACAGCUGUCGGUCACAAUGCAAGGCAGCCUGGCCCCGGGGAGUGGAGAAGCACUGGCCGUGUCUGUCCCCUUUCAGACCAGGGGAGAGCGCGGAAUCUCUGGACGAUUUGCAGUGUGCGUCUCAAGCUGAAAUAGGAAGGUGCCUUGGCUCGAGAAGGGCUGUGCCCCAAAAGCAGGAGGAGGGCACCUCUGCCUCUCUUGAGGAGAACGGCCCGAGCCACCUCUCAGCAGGCUGGUAGUUCUGGAUGCCAGGUUGGUGUCUUGCGGAGAGACCGGCUGGCCUGCCCCACAUGCAAGGCGGCUGGGCACUGCACACAAGCAGCUGCGUUCACCCGCGUGCCACGAGCCGCCUCUGCUUGGUGGGAGACUGACACAGCCCACCUUCCUGCUGCCAAAAAUCCGUUCCAGAGAGCCAAGGAAGCCCAGGGCGAGACUGGCCUUCCCGUGCAUUGCAGCCAGCCCCUCCUCCAAGUCACACACCCAGGGGUCACGCCAGCAAGCCCCCUCCAGCACAGAAUACACGCCCCGUGGCCGCAUCCACAGAGCGCUUUUCUCCUCAGUAACGAGGGCACCUGCGUCAGCCCCCGCGAGCCAGCUCAGCUAAGAGGGGCAACGGUGCUGUUUCAGCAAACACCGAGGGGGGAUCCUUUCAGCAACCCCAAACCGUGUCUGUCGGGCAAGUGCUGGGGCUCCAGCCCCUGCGGGAACUGCAGUGACCAUCCCGGCUUCUGGUGGCUCGGGGCAGCUUUUCGAAACAGAUGCAACGGAAAAGGGACCCGCAGCUGUGGGUGGGUUUGCUUGCCUUUUAUUAACGGAUAAAGUCAAAGUAACCGUGCGGGGCUUGGAUUACAGCAGGGAUUACAGAUGCUUUUUCCCUCCUCACCUGCCUAAGAUUUUAAGGUAUUCUAUAAAGUCACAACUGGAGUGCAAA